ACCACCUUUUCUUUUUGGGUCAUAUGCCAAAAGGCCGCUCUUCUUUUCUCUACUAGUCUGCUGGUAAAACAGCAUUUCACAUAACAAACACUAGCAUUUUCAGGAAGCGGUGUGUUUUCUAUCAAUGGCGGAUCCUCGAGAAGAAAAAGAGAAGCAAUUCUUAACUGAAGUCGCCGAGUUAGAUGAAGCACUGAGAGUGUUGGAUUCUUCUCUGUCUCAAAUCAAAUGGCGACUCAAAUAUGCAAGACGUCGACUUGAGACAGAUAUUCUAGCUUUGUGUACAGGAAUGAGGCCAGUGAUAAUGAUAGACUAUGGUGGAAAGAUGCCUGAACUGCAAGAGAGAUUUUGCACUCUUUUAAAACUUUGUCAAAAGGAUUUGCCCAUUUUUGAGCAUCUGAGAGUAAUGGUUAUAGAAGAAAUGAUAUAUUUAGUUCACACUAGAGCGCUUGCUGAUCAUGUUAGGUCAAGCUUGAACUCAGAACGGCAGCUGCUCUUUGUGGACCUUGAACAGGAUCCUCCGAAGAUGAUAACAGAAGCAGAAAAAAGCCCACUGGUGAUGCAGCUUAUAACAAUUCAGAAGUUGUUCUCUUUGUCAUUUCCUCUUGGUGAAAGGAAAGAUGAUGAAUCAUCAUCUCACAGUAUAGAUAACAUGGUUGAUGCUAAACCGCCCAGAAAUGAACUUAUCCCUUCUCAGUCAUCUAACUUUAUUGAUCUUAGUAGCUGCAUGCAAAACACUCAGGUCACUCUGCCAACAUUAAAUGGGUGGCUUCUUGGUUAUCCAGUUGUGUACAUGUUCAUCAAGGAGCACGGCGUUAAGGCUGUUCAUAAUAUUUCUAGCAAGUAUCUUCACAUCUAUAAAAUAUCAGUAUGCAGGAACGGAACCCCCAAUAAAGAAUCUGAACUAGAAGAACUCUUGAGUUUCUCGGUCCCCUACGAUCUAAGCAUGGGAGGGAGCAAGGAAAAAUGGGCAGAGUCAUUUUUGGCUCAUAUGCAGGGGAAGUGGGAAAUAUGCAAGCCUGCUUGGAGGUCUUUGCAGAUGGAGGAAGUAUUGAAGGACAAUACAAUGUGGAUGGUGGACACUUCCGAAAAAACAAAUGUCCAAAAUAAGUAAAAUUGUAAGUCCUACAACUUCUCCUUCGACUCCAGACUCAAUAAAUUUUAGGGAAGAUGAUGUUUCAAGUGAUAAUCUAUUAGCCUGUAGAGACCAAUAGGCAUAAUGACCACAGAGAAUACCAGCGAUGCAGACCCUAGCGAUACCUUUUCAACGCAUGGCUACAUGUCGGUUGAUAAAUCUUCCAAUGAAUCUCUUCUAUCAUCUCAAAAUCCUGCUCAAAUAGAAUCCAUCAAAAUGGAACAAAGAUCUCGUAACUUCUCAAUCGAUGAAGACAAUCAGCUUGUGUCUGUUUGGCUCAAUGUUUGCUUAGAUGCAGAUAAUGGAGAUGAGCAAAAAAGUAGUGGGUAUUGGAAAAGAAUAUGGGAGUAUUUCAACAAGGGAAAGAAAUUUACUUUUGAGCGUUUUGCUGAUUCUCUAAUGGACUGUUGCUCAGCCAUGCAAUUUGCAGUGCAUUAUUUUUGUGGGUACUAUGCCCAGAUUAAAGCAAUGAAACAAAGUGGUGUCAACGACCAAAUAGGAUAAUACCGCCGAUGGAGAUGACCGCAUUUCAAUUUCUACACUGUUGGGCAAGUACUGAAACACAAUAAGAAAUGUAUGGUGAAUAGUUUGAAGAAAAAGCCAAAUAUAGAAAAAGUGCGAGUCUGGGAAUGUCAUCUCCUCCGGAUUCAAUAAGUUUAAGGGAAGAUGAUGUUGCAAGUGAUACAUCUAUCAGCUUGGAAAGGCCAGUAGACAGAAUAGUCGCAAAGAAUUUUUGAAGGAUAAAGAUAGAUUACGUUCAAGACAAUUUGACUGUGCCUGCAAGGUUGUCUUCCAAGAAUUUAGAACAGAGAAAAGGAAGUGGAGCAUAAGUGAAACGAGAAGCAUCGUUGAAGGUAUUCUCAAGAUCAAGAACUUAUUUCAAAUUAAGUGGGAAAAACUUCAUAGGGAACAACUAAAAGAGGAAGAGAGGAUAAUGUUGAUUGAUACUAUUGGCUUGCCCCAAAUGCAAGCAGAAAAUCCGUCAGAUGGAAAUCACGGCGAAAAAAAGAGGUUGGUAGUAGUUUUUGCAAUGGUAAUGUGGUUGCAGUGUAAUGUAAAAGGACAUUUUUUUGUAUGCAUCAUGUACAGCUAGACUAAAUAAUAUAGUUUUGUGGGUAUUCGUCAUGAUUUGUGAAAGCUAAAUUAGCUAAUGACAUAAGAGAUAUUUUUGCGUAAUUAUCAAUCAAUUUUCCUGCUUA